AUGCUCUGUGAAAGAUUGCGAUCCGAGAAAUUACUGGUUGCCAGCGAAUUGGACACAUUGCAACGACUUAACGAACAGACAGUUCUAUCACGUCUUAUCAAUUCACAUCCGGAUGUUCGACCCGAGAAUUGCUGCAUGUUGAUUGCGCAACUCGAUGGUACUCGAUUCGUUGCUGGCUAUCGUCGCAUUGAUGGACAGCAUUACAGCAGUGUUACCGAACUUUUAAACUUAUUGCUCAAUUCGCCCACUUUGGUUGCCGAAAUAUUGCACAGUAUCGAUCAAAUUUCAAAGGUAUAA